AACGAAACUGCCUUCCGAUUUAACAUUGCGCGUGUAAUUAUGAUUUAAAAAAUCUUAUCAGCAAUAAACGUAACCAUUAAUGUAUUAUGAUAACAUUCUGACGACCAAACAUCACGUUGUAAAACAGUGUAUUUGAUUCUGUGAUAGUGUGCUACAAAAGUGAAAAUGUGAUAAAUUUUAAUGUAGAGUUUUAUAACGUUUAUUUUUAUUGACGAACUAAAGUCGCAAUAAUGUGGUGUUAAUGCCAAAAUGCCUCUUGAAAUUGUGUUAACCAAUGAGUGUGAAACUUAUGUGAACAUAAUGACAUAAAAAAUAUGGAUUUAUUUAUUACCGUGAGUUGGUUCUACCAUUCCAUUUCAGUACUUCCCGAUGGUCUAAAAUCUCUAAACUGCUUUUAAAUAGCCCUACAGCUAUAAAGUAUUGUAACGCAAGCAAUAAAUUAAAAUAAGAAUGAUGGGUCGAGCGCUGAAUUUACUCUACCGAAAAUACAACACGACCGUAGUUGGAGUGGAGUCGCGGUGAGAGGGCAUGGAGGGCGCGGACGGUCGCGAUGACCUGCUGGAGUGGGAGGCGCUGUACCUUCGGCUCCCCCUGCAGAACCUCACGUGGAACUCCACCGAGUGGGAUCCCAGUGGGUGGAACGUCACCGUGUCCAACGCCACCUUGGGAGCGUCCGCGCCCUUCGACUCGCCCGCCGCGCUCGUCCGCGCCGCCAUCAAGGCCGUAGUACUCGGCCUGCUAAUUUUAGCUACUGUAGUUGGUAAUGUAUUCGUGAUAGCAGCAAUACUUCUGGAGCGGCACCUGCGCAGCGCCGCGAACCAGCUGAUCCUCUCGCUGGCCGUGGCGGACCUGCUGGUGGCGUGCCUGGUGAUGCCGCUGGGCGCGGUGUACGAGGUGGCCCAGCGCUGGACGCUCGGCCCCGAACUCUGCGACAUGUGGACCUCCGGCGACGUGCUGUGCUGCACCGCUUCCAUACUGCACCUCGUCGCUAUUGCGCUUGAUAGGUACCGGGCUGUGACCAACAUCGACUACAUUCACUCACGAACGGCGGGCCGGGUGGGUAUAAUGAUAGCAUGCGUAUGGAUCGUCAGUUUCCUCGUAUGUAUCGCGCCUUUACUGGGUUGGAAAGAUCCAGAUUGGAACCGACGCGUUUCCGAAGACUUGCGGUGUGUCGUGAGUCAGGACGUCGGUUAUCAAAUAUUUGCGACGGCUUCGUCGUUUUACGUGCCAGUACUAGUGAUACUAAUACUGUAUUGGCGAAUAUACCAAACUGCCAGAAAAAGAAUACGUCGGCGGCGAGGCGCGACGGCGCGAGGCGGCGUGGGGCCGCCGCCCGUGCCGUCCGGAGGGGCGCUGGUCGCCGCGGGCGGCAGCGGCGGUAUCGCGGCCGCCGUGGUCGCCGUUAUCGGCAGGCCGCUGCCGACGAUAUCAGAGACGACCACGACAGGUUUCACGAAUGUGUCGUCGAACAACACUAGCCCAGAGAAGCAAUCCUGCGCCAACGGCCUCGAGGCGGACCCGCCCACGACGGGCUACGGCGCCGUCGCCGCCGCCUACUACCCGACGUUGGUGCGGCGCAAGCCGAAAGAAGCCGCCGAUUCCAAGAGGGAAAGAAAGGCGGCGAAAACAUUGGCAAUAAUAACCGGCGCGUUCGUAGCGUGCUGGCUUCCUUUUUUCGUGUUGGCUAUUCUAGUUCCGACGUGCGACUGCGAGGUGAGCCCGGUGCUGACGUCGCUGUCGCUGUGGCUGGGCUACUUCAACUCGGCGCUGAACCCCGUCAUCUACACCGUGUUCAGCCCUGAGUUCCGGCACGCGUUCCAGCGGCUGCUGUGCGGGCGCCGCGCGCGCCGGCGCCGCGCGCCCCCGUAGCUCCCCGCCCCGCGCCAGCCCCGCGGCCCCCUAGCCCGAGCCCCGAGCCCCUACCCGACUGACCUCGUCUAGCUCGACAUUAUGUUACCUUGUUACAUUUUUCAGAGAUAUAUUUACACCCCUUUAUUUUUUGUACGUGAUGAAUGUGAAUACGAUUACCUGUCUAGUGAUUAAA